AUGAAGAGCCGACCUUCUCCAAGAGAAUAUCACUGGGGACUAAUUACCACUGAUGACAUUGGAGGGCCUGUUCUUCAUCACGCGACGAACCUUGCGGGACCAUGGAAAUACGAGGAGAGACGGGGCCAAUCAGCUAUCGACCAAACUCUGAUAGUACUGGUCAAAGCGAGCCGCGUCUCCAAUGUACUGCGCGCCACGCAGAUCAUCCAGUCUGUUCCUGCAGAUGGAAAGCCAUCAUGUCGAACUGGAGCGGAUUUCACGUGCCGAAUCUGGGUCAAGGAUGCUCUAGUCGAAUUACACGAAAAGGGAGGGAUUUUUCUUGCCAAUGAUAUUGAAGUGAUUGAGACAGAAGCAAUAGCAUAUGCCGAGAGGUAUGCUGCCGACAGCGAGCAGGGUAAGGGGACAGCAGUCGUCAAUGGUGCCUUUGCACCGAGUCCCCAGUGGCCCCCUAUUGAACGACCUAGAAAGCAUGUCUUCAGAUUAGGCGACUGA